AAUUUUAUUUUCAGUCCCUUAACUUCUAAUUAAACACAUCCCUAUAGCUGAAUCUAAUGAAUAACCGUUACAACUCUCUCUCUCUCUCUCUCUCUCUCUCUCUCGCGUAUAUAUACAUCCUUCCAACCGUGGGUUUCGUCUCCUGUAAAAAGCCUCCAUCAGUUUUAGGCACACAGAAUCUACGAGCCCUCCCAAGCUCCUUACCUUUAGCUACGCCGUAUCUUCAUUCUGAUCUCUGGUGGAAAAACUGGGGUACUGUUGAUAAUUACUGCGGCACUGUUGCUGGGUUUUAAGGGAGUGUAAUUUGUUAAAGUGGGUUUGAGUGCUAGAAUUUGAGGCAAACAAAUGGAGGACAACAAAAACAAGAAGAAAAACAAGAAGAAGAAGAACAAGCAAACCAAAACACCAGGAGAUGUCAUUCAUGGCGUUGGAGAAUCCAUUGAUACAGAUCAGAAUCGCGUCAGUCAAGAGAAUCAUGAAAAUAAAGUUUUGGCGACUGCCGAUGUUCAUACUGAUGAGCCAAAGACCGAUGUGGAUUUGGAUAGCUAUAGUGCCAAUGGUACUGAUGGCUCUUCAUUAGCUGAAGCAGAGAAGCUGUACUGGAUGGACAGAGAGGCUGGCUUGGAAGAAAGGAUCAGAGAAGUACGAAAAGAAAAUGAUAUACACAUACAGAAAGAGGCUAGGUUGGAAGAGACAAUCAUUCAGUUACAAAAGGACAAUGAUGGGCACAUACAGAAAGAGGCUAGCUUAGAAGAGACAAUUGCCAGAUUGCAAAAGGAGAAUUGCGCUCAAGUGGAGAAAGGGGCUUCUUUGGAGAUGAAACUUUUGCAAUUAGAGAAUGAGAAGGAUUCCUGGCUUCAGAAAGAGGUUGGCUUUGAAGGGGAAAUUAGCAAGUUGAUAGAGGAAACAGCUAGCUUGAGUUUGAAAGGGGUCAGCUUUGAGGAAAAAAUCAAACAAAUGGAGAGAGAAAGAGUUUCUUCGGUCCAAAAGGAGAACUCAAUGGAAGAUACAAUUGCUAGAUUGAAUGGUGAGAACACAAGACUGCAAAUACAGGUGAUGGAGUUGGAGGAAUCCAGAAACUCUCUCUUACAAGAAAACCUGCGGCUCACAGAAAUCAUUUCUCGUAUGCAAUCCCAGAUCCAAAGUCUUGAGAAGAGUAUUGUCUCUUCUUGUGCAUUGCCUGUGGCAUUAAUGGAUGCUUCAGGAAGUGAGGACGUUAAUUCUCAGAGGGAAGCAGCAAGUCAACUGGUUGAAAAAUUAGUUGCUGAAAAUGAAGAGCUUGUAGAGAAGGUGAAUGAAUUAUGUGUUGAGCUUGAUCUACAGGGUGUAACAGCUGAACUAUCUCUAGCUGUUGGUUCUGUAUCUGAAUUUGGGGAGACAACAGCUGCAUCUGGUGACAGAAUAGAUUCUGAAAAGCAUAUUCCAAUUACAGAGGAGAGGAAUGGAGAGGAUGAUGCGAAUGCUAAGGAUAUUGCCCAUGUUGCCGAUUCCAUGUCUGAAUUGAGUGAGAAGACAUCCCUAUCAGGCAAGAGGAUCAAGUCUCCGGAAAAUGUCUCUGGGCAAAAUGGUGAAUAUAUCUACACCAACGGCGCUUCUGUAAUCCAGAACUCUCCACCUGAUACCAUUGACUCUGAAGAAAUUGUGCAGAUUCCAUUGGACGAGAAAGAAAUCGGGGAUCCCCGGUUGCCGCCCCCCCAUCAUGAUGAAAAGAUUGAUGUUCCCCUCACAGAUGCUCCUCUGAUUGGGGCUCCUUUCCGGUUUAUAUCUUUCAUGGCUAGAUAUGUUAGCGGUGCCGACUUGGUAAACAAGAGAUAGACUAAAAUCCGCUUCUCAUUUGUGAUAACAUGUCCAAAUGGGUUCAUGGACAUUGAUUUUCUGAUACACACAUGAUUUUUUUUUCCCCCUCAGAGAGAAUAUGCUGUUCAAUUUUACAUGGCAUUUUUUUUUAUGUGCCUUGUACUCUGAUGUAGUUGUACAAUUGAAAUAGACAGACAACUAGUCUGAAAUCUUGGAUGAACUUUACUAAAUUUAUGUGAAAUGAUAAAUGAUCAAGGAUUGCUCUGA